UAUCCACAUCUCUCACCAUAUGAACCUCAAAAACAUUUGCAUUAAAAGAGAGAGAGCACAAGUGUUUUGUUUCCUCACUGUCAGAAAAACAUCAAACCAGCUGAAGCCAUGGCUCAAACCAUGUUGCUCAUGUCUGGUGUUUCUACUAGCCAUGUGGUGGAUCUGAAGAGAGACACUUUACUCAAUUUCCAAAUUCAAAAACUAAGGCCCAAAUCCUUCUCUCAUCUACUGCUCCCUCCUCUUCCUACUGAUCAUUCUUCUUUAUCCCAACCAUUUACCACUUUUGCUCUCUUCAAAUCAAAAACCAAAGCCCCUCCCAAGAAGGUUGUAGUGCCAAAGCCAAAGGUUGAAGACGGCAUCUUUGGCACCUCCGGGGGCAUUGGCUUCACAAAGCAGAAUGAGCUCUUCGUGGGUCGCGUUGCCAUGAUUGGCUUUGCUGCAUCCUUAUUAGGUGAAGGAAUCACAGGGAAAGGAAUUCUAGCACAAUUGAAUCUGGAAACUGGAAUCCCCAUCUAUGAAGCUGAGCCUCUUCUUCUCUUCUUCAUUCUCUUCACCCUGCUUGGAGCCAUAGGCGCUUUGGGUGAUCGUGGUAAAUUCGUUGAUGACCCACCCACAGGUCUUGAAAAGGCUGUGAUCCCCCCUGGCAAAAGCAUCAGAUCCGCACUGGGCCUUAAAGAAGGAGGUCCGCUGUUUGGAUUUACAAAGUCAAACGAGCUGUUUGUAGGAAGAUUGGCUCAGUUGGGGAUUGCUUUCUCUUUGAUUGGAGAAAUUAUAACCGGGAAAGGAGCUUUAGCGCAACUAAACAUUGAGACAGGGCUUCCCAUCAGUGAGAUUGAGCCACUUGUGUUGUUCAACGUAAUCUUCUUCUUCUUUGCCGCAUUGAAUCCUGGAACUGGUAAAUUUGUGACAGAUGAGGAAGACAAUUAAGUAGGUGCUAGCUAGCUACUUGUGCAAUUGUAAGAAGCUUUCUUGAGUUUCUUUGAUGUAAGAACAAUAAUCUCGCCCUCUUAAUCUUCAUGUUCUAUUUAUCUGCAGCUUCGGUUUACAAAAACAGAAUACGUAAUAUAAAGUUAAUGCUUUCUUUUUCA